AUGGAACCAUCACUCAAGGUCAAAAGAUCGGCCCAUACCAUCUCUGUCCAACAGAAAGAAACUAUACUGACUGCGUUUCCCUAUUGGCCUCAUAGCUCUCUGCUGGAUUUCCUCAAAGGAGAGCCAAGAGUCUUGGGGGCUAUCCAGAUCCUGCUUGCCUUGAUCAUUAUGGGCAUUGGAACUAUAUUUGCAGUUAAUUACUUCCUUUUCUCCCAAAAAUUUCCACUUGUUUUCUGCACAGGAUAUACAUUCUGGGGAGCACUUAUUGGGAAAAGCGUCAUGGCCAUGAAUGUGAUCAGUAUUUUGGCUGCAGUGGCUGGGAUCACUCUCACCAUUAUCAGCUUUCAAUAUCAGCACCAUUACUGCAAGAUGCCUUCCAUCGAAGGAAUAUGUGUUAUAGGUAGAGUCCUUCACAAUAUUGUCUUUUUCUUGCCUUUGGAUGUUACUCAAAAGAAUGAAUUAUCUACAAUAGAAGAAGAUGCUAUAAUACAAUUUGACUUUCAAGAAGAGUGUUUCAAGGACAAAUCAACAGCAAAGAUGCAACCUGUUUUCUUUGGAGGCUAUAGUUUCUUCAAAUUAAGAGUCUCAAGAAAACCCUUAACCAUCCAUCAUUCAGAAAAGAGAGGCAGUAAUAAUUGCUACACAACUUCUUUAUCUGAGUCAGAUGAACAACAGAAAAAUAUCCCUCCUUCUUUAAGACCUUACGAGACUGAUACUGAGCAGCAACCUUUGUCUGUCAUAUUAGAGAAAAGGCCCUCAGAAGAAAUUGGACACAAUGAACACAUAAAUGAUGAAGAUCUACAUUUUGCUAUCGAACAACCUCCAGAAAUGGAAACACAAUCAAUGCAGGCUAACUCCUUGACACCCCAAGUUUUUCCAUCCGAUUCUGUAAAAAGUCUUGAAGCAUUACCACAACCUGACUUGUCAUCUCAAGUUCUGUUAGUAAAAGCCCCGCUACCUGAAACCCCACCAUCCCAUGUUACACAGUCUCAUGACACAGAAACUGAAGAUAUGCCAUCCCAAGAGAUACCAUCUUCAAACACACCAUCCCAAGGCAUGUCUUCCCAAGAUAUGCUAUACCAAGAUAUACAAUUACAAAACAUGUCUUCCCAAGAAAAGCUUUCCCAAGUACAAGUUCUGCCGCCACUACAAGCUGUGCUAUUUGAAGCCCCAACAUUCUCGUCUCAUGACUUGGUAUCUGAAGAUAUGAUACCCCAAAGCACACAAUCCAAGGACAUACAAUCUCAAAAUAUGCCUUCCCAAGAUAUGCUUUCCAGAGUACAAGUUCUGCCACAAUCCAUGCUAUAUGAAGUCCCAACAUUCUUUUCUCCUUCCCAAGAUAAACUUUCCCAAGUACAAGUUCUGCCACAAUCCAUGCUAUAUGAAGUCCCAACAUUCUUUUCUCCUUCCCAAGAUAAACUUUCCCAAGUACAAGUUCUGCCACAAUCCAUGCUAUAUGAAGUCCCAACAUUCUUUUCUCCUUCCCAAGAUAAACUUUCCCGAGUACAAGUUCUGCCACAAUCCAUGCUAUAUGAAGUCCCAACAUUCUUUUCUCCUUCCCAAGAUAAACUUUCCCAAGUACAAGUUCUGCCACAAUCCAUGCUAUAUGAAGUCCCAACAUUCUUUUCUCCUUCCCAAGAUAAACUUUCCCAAGUACAAGUUCUGCCACAAUCCAUGCUAUAUGAAGUCCCAACAUUCUUUUCUCCUUCCCAAGAUAAACUUUCCCAAGUACAAGUUCUGCCACAAUCCAUGCUAUAUGAAGUCCCAACAUUCUUUUCUCCUUCCCAAGAUAAACUUUCCCAAGUACAAGUUCUGCCACAAUCCAUGCUAUAUGAAGUUUCAACAUUCUUUUCUCCUUCCCAAGAUAAGCUUUCCCAAGUACAAGUUCUGCCACAAGCCAUACUAUAUGAAGCCCCAACAUUCUUGUCUCACGAUUUGGUAUCCGAAGAGAUGUCACCCCAAAACACACAAUCCAAGGACAUAGAAUCUCAAAACAUGCCUUCCCAAGAUAUGCUUUCCCGAGUACAAGUUCUGCCACAAUCCAUGCUAUAUGAAGCCCCAACAUUCUUGUCUCACGAUUUGGUAUCUGAAGAGAUGUCACCCCAAAACACACAAUCCAAGGACAUAGAAUCUCAAAACAUGCCUUCCGAAGAUAUGCUUUCCCGAGUACAAGUUCUGCCACAAUCCAUGCUAUAUGAAGUCCCAACAUUCUUUUCUCCUUCCCAAGAUAAGCUUCCCCAAGUACAAGUUCUGCCACAAUCCAUGCUAUAUGAAGCCUCAACAUUCUUGUCUCAUGAUUUGGUAUCUGAAGAGAUGUCACCCCAAAACAUACAAUCCCCUAACACACAAUCCAAGGACAUAGAAUCUCAAAACAUGCCUUCCCAAGAUAUGCUUUCCCGAGUACAAGUUCUGCCACAAUCCAUGCUAUAUGAAGCCCCAACUUUCCAUGUCACACAAGACCUGUUAUCCGAAACCAUGCAAAUUGAAGCCCAAACAUUCCAUGCUAUGCAGGCCAUUAAUGUACAACACCUAGAACAGCAAUCCCUGGAUCUUCAAAAUAUCCAACAUCAAGACCAGCAAUUUACAAGGGUAUCAUAUCAAGACCUUCAAUCAGAAGUCAAGUUACUGACUGAAGAAUGGAAAUUUAAGGAGAAACACCACCAAAUCAGGAAAUCCAUCAAGCAGACUUCCUUCGACCUGCAUAACAAACAUCCAAGAAAGAAAUCUAUGGACUUACCAAUCCAAGACCAGCAACCCCCAAGGAGGAAAUCCUUAGACCAGCAAAUCAAAGGCUGGCUAUCCCCAAAGAGGCACUCCAUAGAUAAGCAAGAUAAGCAAGUUCAAGUUAAGCAAUUCUCAGAUCAGCAAACUGAAGACCAGCUGGCCCAAAGAAAGCAAUCCCUAAAGCAACAAUACCAAAACUUGCAAGGUGAAAACCACGGCAAAGAGGAGAAAUCCCUUAAAAAACAAAUCCAAUUUCAACAAACUCAAGACCUGCAGGUUCAAGAGGAGAAAUCCUCAAAGCAGCUAGGUGAACAUCUGCAAUCCCAAAUUCAGAAACACCAAGACUGGCAAUCUUUAGGCCAACAAUCCCAAGACUGGGAAACUCAAGAAUGGAUAAACAAAGAUCAUAAAGCACAAGAAAGAAAUUUUGAAAUGAAACGUUCCAUAAAUUGGGAAUCCCACUCCACGCAAACCCACGAUAUAUUAGAGAAAGAAUUCCUAAUGCAGAAAGUUAUAUUCAAAGAGACCAAAGCUUUGCACACCAUACCUCAACAUCACCUUGAUCAGCAAUUACAAGAUAAGAACCAACAAAAAUUUCGAUGCACAGCUAUCAAAAAAGAAGACAUGCAAAUAAACACUAGACCAACAAAAGACAAUAUGAAAAUAAGCACUAUACAAACAAAAGACAUCAGAUUGGUAGAAAUGAAAAGUCUAUGCCAAAAUUCAAGUGAUGCUCUAUCAGAAGAUAUGAAGCCAGAAUUUCAUCAUUCCUCCUGCCAAAGCUCAGUACAAGAUGAAUCUUCCACCUGUGAAGGCUCAGAACAAGAUGUGCAACAAAAUACUUCAGUUAGUUCAACUUCAUACAAAGAAGAUCCAACCUUAACCUCAUGUUAUCCAAAGGAUCAACAGCAAUCUGAAGACUCUGACUAACUUGUAGAAUCUACUCAAAUACCACACUGCUCCCAAUUAUGGAACCAAAUUGGGGGAAAACAAUAUAGUCACCUCCUGUAUUCUCAAGUGGUGUUGCUAGCU